AUGGCGACGGGCGGCAUCGCCUUACUGCUGUCUCCCCAGAACCAGCCACACACGUUCCGGGGCCUGCAGACGAUCGGGAGCAUCGUCUACGUCUUCGACCUGUGCAUGUUCAGCCUCGUGGUGGCUGGAAUCGCCUACCGCUUUAGCAAAUGGCCGCACGCGUUGAUUUCCAGCUUGGUGCACCCGACGGAAUCGCUGUACUUUGGCACGGCGUUCCUGGCGCUGGCCAGCAUCAUCACCUGCAUGGCGCACUAUGGCAUCCCCAAGUGUGGCUACUGGCUGGUGAUUGUGUACCGCGUGCUCUUCUGGCUCUACCUGGGCGUGACGUUCGUGGUGGCCGUGGGGGCGUAUUCGAUGCUGUUCACGAACCCGCGGCUCAAAAUCCAAGACAUGACGCCUGCAUGGGACCUGCCCAUGUUCCCCUUCAUGCUCAGUGGCACCAUUGCCAGCAGCGGGAUCGCAUACCAGCCACGCGAGGCGGCGAUGCCGAUGCUCUUCGCGGGCCUCACGGCGCAAGGGCUCGGUAUGCUGGUGUCGUGCUUCAUGUACGCCAGUUACACGCGGCGCAUGAUCCAAUACGGCCUCCCAUCGCCCGACUCCCGGCCCGGCAUGUUCAUCGCCGUGGGGCCCCCGAGCUUCACCACGCUGGCCAUAAUCGGGCUCGCCGAAAACUGGCCCGGAGGCUACGACUACUUCGGCCCGGACGCCAUCACGGCCCAGGUGGUGCGCGUGCUGGCGCUCAUGACGGGCGUCUUCAUCUGGAGCCUGUCCCUCUGGUUCUUUGCCCUGAGUGUCGUCAGCUGUCUGGCCGUGUACAGGUCGUUUCGCUUCCGCAUGAACUGGUGGGCCUUUGUCUUCCCCAAUGUCGGCUUCACCCUCGCCACCAUCAGCAUCGGCAAGGCCCUGAAAAGCGAGGCUGUCAUGUGGGUCGGCUCCGCCAUGACCAUCUGCUUGGUCGUCGUCUAUAUAUACGUCCUGUCCAACUUUGUCCGUGCCAUCUUCCGGAAGCAUGUGCUGUUCCCCGGCAAGGAUGAGGACAAUUACCGGCGGGAAAAGAUGGGCAAGGCCGAGGUUACAGCGGAGGACGUCGAGCACCGCCCUCGCAAUGGAAAGGGUAGUUGA